AUGGUCGCUGGUCUUCUUCUGGAAGAGUGCGCCGCUCUUACAGCGCAAGAGCAGCUGCACGGGUGCGACAGCGCUGAAGAAUAUACACUCGAUCUAACAAAACCUGUAGACGCAUCGUAUGUGGUUAUGGACGUUCAAUUAUAUGUCAAGAACCUCCGGAACACGGCCAGGACGGACGUCAAGGGAGGAAGCCAUAUUAUACUGCAAACCCCCGGCAUAUAUGCGGAGGAGAAUGAAGGGAAGGAUAUGUUUAUGGCCGAAGACCAUCUCGGUAUUUACCAAAUCGUCUUUGUCUCGCCCAAGCACUACAACGAUGUCGUAGUCACUCGAGCGCGCCAGGCGCGUGGUGGACACACAUAUCUCGUGAUAACAUUCAAUCUACCGUCGCGAUAA